GUUCACACUUUCCUUGGUCAACACAGAAUUUGGCAAAAAAGGCUUCCUGUUGAGAAAAAGCCUUCCCGUUGUGAGCUGCAAAAGUGUGAAAUAGUCUUCCAGACCAAGUGACCUGUAAUAGAAGUCAACUUUCUUUUAAUUUUUCACAGAUUAUAAAAUAUGUUAUAUGCUAUGUUUGAUUGAGCUGAGGCAGUCCAAGGUUUAUCAUUUUUUGUUUCUUUUUUGUUUUAGUGGCCCCCAGUGAAAACAAUCCACUAACUGUGGGUUUUUGUGAUUUUCUGGGCUUUUUAUAUUUCGUCCUUUGAUGUAAAUGUUUGUUUGCACCACCUUCUUAAAAGAUUUUCAACACAAGUUAUGUAUGAAUGAGACUCUGAGGUACAUUCAAAUCAGAAAUCGCGAAUCAUAAAGCAAUUGAUAAUGUUUAAUAUGACUUGUUGAUACAGAUAAAUCUUGAAGUGUUUUAAUUGUAAUGUUGUUGUAAAUGCAUUGUCAUUUUUAAUAUUAUUUUUUUUUUAAUUUUGGGAGGCAUAAAAUUGAACUAAAAAUACAAAUUGUAAUUAACUUUUAGGUUCAAAGUCAUGUUAACAUUGAGAUGCAGGACAUUACUGGUGUCUAGUUUUAAAACUAGUCAUGUGAUGAAUGCUAAAUUAAGCACGGCAGAACACAAAAAUGCGAAAUUUCCGCCAACAUUUAUUACAAAAAGAUAUCAACCCAAUGUUGCGGUCAUUAAUCUAGAGGGAACUAUUCAACCAAGUUUUGGUAAACAGAAAUUUGGUAGAGAUGGGAAGUUAAACAUUGAGUCUUUAGAGGGUUGUAUCGAGAAGGCAUUUAAUAUAAACAAGUUAAAAGCUGUUUGCUUAAUCAUAAACAGUCCAGGUGGUUCACCUUCGCAAUCAGAAUUAAUUUCAAAUAAAAUUAAUAAUCUAGGGAAAGAAAAAAACGUUAAUGUUAUUUCUUUUGUUCAUGACUUGGCAUUGUCUGGUGGCUAUUGGAUGGCAUGUGCAGGAAGCGAAAUUUACAUUACGAAAAACUCUGCUGUUGGUAGCCUUGGGGCAGUAUUUCAGGGAUUUGGUUUUCAUGAAUUUAUUAAACGUUAUGGCAUAGAGCGAAGAAUUUAUGUAUCUGGAGAAAACAAAUCAAUCCUUGAUCCUUUUUCUCCUGAAAAAGAAAACGACAUUGCGAUGAUGAAAGGAAUUUUAAAGCAUAUUCACAAAAAUUUUGCAGAUUACGUGAAAGAAAGUCGACAUAACAAGCUGAAUGGACCAGAAGAAACACUAUUUAAUGGUGAUAUAUUUAUUGGUCAGAAAGCAGUGGAGUUGGGGCUAGCUGAUGGGAUAAAUACUGUUGAUAAAUAUAUUCACGAAAAAUUUGGAACUAAAGUUAAUGUUGUGAGGGUAAAUCCUCUUCAAAAGGGAAAAUUUUCAUCAUUAUUUGGAGUUGAUUACUCUCCUUUUGAUAUUUUUUCUGUUGAUCAUAAAUUAAAGUUUAUGUAAAUUAAGGAAUUUACCUCUUUGUAAAGUAAUUGUGAGGAAAACUUUUUUAAUUAUGACAGGGAAUUCCAUGAUAACAAAAAAUCACUCACAUAUAUACAUUUUCAAUAUGCAUUUAAAGUUUGUUACAAUCUUCUUCAAAAAAACACUGUGAUUAUGCUUUUUGAAGAGAAAAAAAAUUUCUUAAAAAUUAAGAUAAACUCUGUAAAAGUUUGAUCUAUGUUUAGGAUAAGUUUAUAAUUAUCAGACCAUAUUUUGAUGAUUUUUGGACAUUGGUAUCAGUUUUUAUAAAAUUAGGGGUCAUCUACAAAAUUCGUAGUUCAUUUAUUAUAUUAUAAACAUUAUUUUAACAUUCAAAAGCCUUCAUAUGCAAUUAAUGAAAAAAAUCCUCCCCUAUGCCAAGGUUUCGAAAACAAAUUAAAUAUUAAUGCUGUUUGAAGCUUGUGAAAGAUCAAAUGUUUAUUGUGCGGAAAUAUAUCAUUGUGAACAAAACUUUGGUGAAAGGCUGUUUGUUUUUGUGAAGUAUUGGGAAUAAGACACAAGAAAAAAAUGCUAUAUACCAACAAUUUUUUUUUCUUUAAGAUUGUCGAACUUGACGACAUUUUGAAUUUGCAACUUCUGUAAUUUUUUUGAUAUCUUCAAAGUCAUCACAAUGACUUUUUCUGGCGGUUGAAAUUAUGGUUAUUCUUCCAGGUGAUAAGGGGCCUUUUUCUUGGAGGGAGUCCUUGUACUUUCGAUUUCCUCCACAUAUUCUUCCAUUUAAAAGCUCUUCCUUGCUGUACAGACUAACCAUUUCAUUAUUGAUAAAUGUUGCACAUUUGUUUUUUCCUUUCCGUUGACUUUUGGCGUGAAUUUGGUUAAUUGGAGGAGGAGGAACACAGGUUUCAUUAAAUUGGGGUAUCUGACAGUCCAUAUCUUCAUUCAUGUUUAUGGUCGACGUAAGUAGUUUAACGAAACUCAAACCACCAUUUCCAUUAGCUGGUUGCAUAUUUUUUUCUUCUCCAUGUGAGUCCCUGUAAUUUAAUGACUGUUAUCUUGAUUACCAAGGUCUUGACUUUGAUUAGCACACCUCUCUUAACAGACCCAAUUUUGUUACUUAUUUGUGACAAGUCUUCUUUGAUGGUUUUUAUGCUUAUGCUUAUGAGAUAAACUGCAUUCAACCUCUGACGUAAUAAUCUUAACAGGGCACAAUGUUGUAGCAAUUCUUCUGUUUAAUGCAAAUGAAACACGUACAUGCAUACUUUUUUUUUCAAUCAAUACAUCUUUGUAAUCUUUUUAAAUUGUUCAUGAUAUUUUGUUUUUGGUAUAGACACCAUAUUACAACCAUUCUGACCAUUCGUAGAGCAUAUACUAUUUUGUACCCAAGUAUCACAGACAAGCUGUGAAUCUUGACAUUCUGGCCUUUCCUGUCUCUAAACUCAUUAUCGUUCCAAUUGCUCAGAUAUUUGAUAAAUUUAGGUGGCCUGAUAUUUAGUUGGUUCCCAAGCCAUUAACAGAAAUUUUUAUCUUCAAGCUGUUACCUAAAUAGUUAAAUUAAUAGUCUCUGAAACUCUCUAAAUAUCUUUUUGCUAAAUUUAACCUUUUUAAAUGUUCCCUUAAACUUUUCAUAACUUUUUCUUCAAAUAUAGUAUUUGAAUCUGUGUAAGCUAGAAUUUCACUAAAAGAUCUGUAAUUUUUCUUUGCUAUACGUUGUCAAGAGCAUUUUUUUUACCGGAGAGGAAAGCACUUGAAUGAUUUAUUCUAAAUUUUUGGAUUUUCUUUUCGAUUCUUUGUACAUUUUCCAAUUAUAUAGUUUCCAAUUAUAUAGUUACAAAAUAGUACAUUAAUCUAAUUGAAACAAUAAGUAUCAUUAUGACAUUUUAAUAAUUUUCGUUUAGUAAAAAUUUAUUAGUUUAUUGUAAUUUUUUCAGUAAAAAUACCAUUAAAGAGUGUUUUAAAAAGGUCAAGGAGAUGGAAAACACAAGGGUAAUUAAAAAAGUGUUAAAUUUAACACUUUUGCUCAUCCACCAAGAAUGAAAUAGUUUCAUUACCAAAGGAUGCCCUUGGAGAAGCUCAUAAUAUGUAAUGAAAUUCUGUACCGACUCCCACUGAAAGAUUUCUGUUUACGAAGCUCUAAUUCACCAAGGCACAUGUCACCCCCCACAACAUUGUAUUAGCUUCGAUUGACAUCAGCCAGUGUUGAACAGCCUUGGAAAAUUGUUCAUCAUCCAUAACCUCAAUUUCGCUUUCUGAUUUUUUUUCUUCGUCAGAUCAGUUAAAUUCAAUUUCUUUCAAUUUCAUUCAAUUUCUAAUUUUUGUUUUGAUUGGCAGAAGAGUUGUUUUCCUUUUCACAAUUAGCUUGGAUCUCUUGUUCUCACAACACAUUAUUUUGAUCAUACGAAGAUCCCUUAUUCAAUAAUUUUAGCACAUUUUGUUUCUUUUGCCAAACGUGAAAUAAACGCCCAACCUGAUAAUCCUUGUAACUUCAACCUGAGUUCAACACAACAGCAGCACAACGUUUUAAUUAAUCUACCAAUGUACCAAGUGGUAACCUAAAAUAGUAACUAAAACCUCAUCCAACACUUUCUUUGAUUUAAAUUUUUGUUGUGUAUUUUCCUGUUUUUUCAGUAAUUUGACAAUUUUGAAGGCAUUUUCAGAAUAACAAAAACAAACUUUAAUUUAAUAAAAAAUGACCAGAUGUUUAUAAGUUUCAACAUCUUUUCCGGUGCUUUUCAUCAUGCUUCUUUCUCAAACCUUAAAUAUUGCAUAAAACAGGUCAUUCAUUCUCAAUACUGAAUGUCAGAUUUAUUUUAGUAACUGUGAGUCAUAACUUAUUUUGUACACAAAAGUAUUUGAUUGCCAGAACAAAGAAAUUGAAGUGGAAGGCUUUUGUAACAGCGAAAAAAAAAUAAGUGAAAAAAAUUAAAUAUUUACCAUACCGCUACCUUCAGUACAGUUUCUUGAUUGAAGUUGUGCUAAAUAACUUUGAUUGAUUAACACAGUUUCUGUAGUUUCUAAAUUAAGCAUGUGGACACCAUUUUUUUGACUUGUUUAACGAAUUCUGAUUUAAAAAGAAUAUUUUUACUUUGAACAAACAGAAAAUGUUGUUUUAUGAAAGAAGUUACGAGUGUGCAUGUUCAGAAUUUUUUUUUGUAUUGAAUUUUUAAACAGACUGUAGCCAUUUAGUCAUUUUAUUAAGGUUACUUGAUUGGUGCUUGGACUAGGAGGUAACUUAACUACGUCCUAAAAAAACAAAUUUCUGACUUUACGCAAGCAACAAGCUUUAGUGCGCGUGUGAGUACACAUGUCUCAUGGAAUUUUCUGGAUUUUUUUGCUUGUUUUUAGAGUCACAUUAUUUACAUUCUUUAAUGUAAACUAUUUUUUUGUGUAAAGAUAAGAUAUUUGUAACAUUUUAUUCUUUAGUAGCUAACAGGCAGAUAUCCAAAAUACA